UUUUUACAACAGAAACUUUUGAUUGACUACUACUAAAGUCGACUUAAUCGCAAUCUAAUCUACCUAGAAAGUUUGAGCAACACACUCCUAGCAGUUAGUAUGAUCUACGGCGUUAUGCUGUUAAGUCAUAGGAAUAAUAUUUGAAUAAAUUUUAGGUACAAAUCUAAUUUUGUUUACAUUCAAGCGAAAUUUCGUUCGAAGUACCUAGUGUCGUUAUUUCAGUCGAUCUCACUAUCCUGAAAGGCUGAAACAAGGCACUGCUGAGAUGGCACCUGAGAGCAAGCUCUUCGCGUCCUUCAGAGCAGCUGGCCUUGUCUCUUCGGGUAGGCCAUUCAUCCUGCGGUUCUACAAGGUCACACGCAAAACCAUCCUCAAAGUUCCAGUAGGCAAUGCUUUUCAUGUCUAUGAUGCACACCGGCUUGUUCUUCGUGGAGUUAGUGACCACCAUCAGUCAGCCAUCACAUGUCUUGAGUCCUCUUCUUCAAAAGAUUUCUCAGGAACUGAAGGUGGCAUCAUCUAUUGCUGGAAUCCAUUCACUGAGAUUAUUCAUCAGCUUGUGGGUCACACAAGCGCUGUGCAUCUGAUGUGCUCUCUGGGUGAUAUUCUACUUUCAAUUGAUGUUAACAACAAUAUGAAAGUAUGGGAUGUGAAGCAGAAUUGCAUUUACUCUGAAAUUGAAUGGGACCAAGAAACAUUCAACAUUACUGCUGUGUGCCAUCCCCCAACAUACCUCAAUAAAGUGUUACUUGGAAGUAUACAAGGUAAACUUCGAAUCUUUAAUCUGAGAACUUCGAAAUUAAUUUAUGAGUUUGAAGGAUGGGAAUCAAGCGUGACUGUCCUAGAACCUGCCCCUGCUAUAGACACUGUUGCUAUUGGUCUUGAAAAUGGUUCUAUUGUUAUUCAUAAUCUGAAAUUUGACCAAACCAUCAUGACACUAAAGCAAGAUUGGGGCAAAGUUACUGCUCUGUGUUUCCGUUCUGAUAACAACAGCAUAUUAUUGUCUGGUACCGUCAUUGGCCACAUAGGAGUCUGGGACCUCAAUGAGAGGAACCUAAUGUCUGUAGUAGAGAAUGCUCACAGUGGGCCUAUAGUCACACUGACUUGUGCCAAAGGAGACCCUUUUGCUUUCUCCAACUCGACUGACAAUUCCAUCAAGUCCUGGAUUUUUGAUCUACCUGAUGGAGGAGCAAGAGUUCAUUACCACAGGGAAGGACACUCGGAACCACCACUGAAGGUCAGAUUUCAUGGUGCUAGUGACAUGGCAAUGAUAAGUGGAGGCCAAGAUUCUUCUAUGCGCGUUUUCUUUGGACCCAAGUCUUGGGGCCUCAACAUGGGCAUGGCAUGCUACAACAAAAAGGUGGUAAGACAUAAAGGCCUCAAGUGUGCCGAAAAAAUGCCUCCUAUCAUUCAUUUCACAACUGAGACCACGCGAGAUGAGGCGUGGGAUAGCAUUGCUGCUGUGCAUUUGAAUGCUUCUGAAGUAUCAACUUGGUCAUUCCACAGGAAGAAAAUGAAUGAACGUUUGCUGAAGCAUAAACGCUUUAAAACUCCCGAGCUGGCACAUGCGAUGGCUACAUGUAUUGACAUCAGCUCUUGUGGCAACUUUGUCUUCAUUGGAUACAACACAGGACAUGUUGAUAAGUACAAUAUCCAGUCAGGAAUCUGGAAGCACUGUUUUGAGAACAGCAAGAUGGUGGCAGUGCGAGGCCUUGUAACUGACUGUCUCAACCAAUGGCUUGUAACCGGCGAUCAAGAUGGUACCUUACAAUGGUGGGGCUUCCACAAAGGGAAUCGACAUAAAAGUUUGUCUCUGGAGGCUGGCGUUUACGGAAUGCAAAUUCACAGAAAUUCAGGACUCUUUGCUGUUUCUCUUGACGACUGGAGUAUUUCUGUCCUUGACAUCGAUACGCAAUCGGUAGUAAGAAAUUUCUGUGGGCAUCACAAUCAGGUUACUGACCUCGCAUUUAGCUCUGAUUCCAAGUGGCUCAUUAGCUCAUCCAUGGACCACUCGAUUCGCACCUGGGAUUUGCCUUCGGGAUCUUGCAUUGAUUUCUUUACUGUUCCCAAACCUGCCACGUCAAUUGCUCUGUCUCCUGCUGACGAAUACCUCGUCUCCACGCACGUCGGGGAACUUGGUCUGUAUAUGUGGGCUAACCGCAACUGGCUGAGUUUUGUGUCUCUAGAGCCGCUGAAGGAAGAUUUCACUCCUCCCAUGGUGAAUCUGCCAGCCACUGCGCCUGAUACUGGUACUGUAGAUGAGCAAGACUCAGACGACUCAGACGAAGAAAAUGACAUGCAGUUCGAUGAAUACGUCUCGCCUGAUCAGAUCUCUGAGGAUUUUAUCUCCAUUGAUCUUGUUCCUUCUUCACGGUGGUUGAAUCUAGCCAACAUUGAUCUCAUAAAGAAAAGAAGUAAACCUCUAGAAGCUCCCAAAAUUCCAAAAUCUGCACCUUUCUUCUUGGAAUCUGUAUCUGGAAUAGAAGCUCAAAUGAACAACGAAAAUACUCCGGAUGAGGAUGGUACAUCAAAAAUAAUCAACCAAUCUCAGUUCGUUCUUGAAACGCUGUCUCCUUUCGGUGCCCUGCUAAAAAAAGGCGACCAUGCCAGUGCUUUUGAGAAACUUUUCAAAAUGAGCCCGUCCAACAUUGAUAUUGAAAUCAGAAACUUGGAUCCUGAUCUCGGAGGUUCACGGGAAGCAAUGCUGCAAUUUUUGUACAUGAUUGCUAACGUUGUCGAGUCUCGGAAACAUUUUGAAAUAGCUCAGGGCUACAUGUCGCUGUUUCUGAAGCGUCAUCCCUUAUUCGUGUGCAGCUCUGACGCCGAUGUUAAAGAAGCUGUUGCUAAGUUGUCAGCAAUACAAAGCAAAUCCUGGCACGGUCUAAAGGACGAUCUAAAUCAAUCACUUUGUCUGCUUUCUUACUUCAAGAAUUCUGCCAUGCUCAAUUUCUGAUGAGGAAUAAAUAAAUUAUGGAAUUGGUAGUACUGAAAUGCAUUCUUAAAUUAUCUCAUUAAGGUUUCUAUUUCAUUUUAUAGAUUUCACGGUCAGUCCUUAACCAUUGGUUAAAAAUGGUGUGCCUUUUUAUUUCUUGUCAAAACUUUGAUUUUUAAAUUUAAUGUUCUCGAAGAUAGGAGCCGUCAAGACAUGUGUUACGUACCGAUAUAAAAUCAGUUUGCUACCUUUUUUCAAUUCUUAUCUUUAAUUUCAAUGCCUUGUCGAUCGUAUUAUCAUUUCGUGUUAGUCUUCCAGUUUGCAGAUGAACAAAUGUGACCAAUUUACAGACAUCAUUAAUUUGUGGUUUGGUUUUGAGAAGAAUGCACCUGUGAUGUGUUCCAAUAUUUCGUUGAAUUAUUGAUCUAUAUACAUAAUAACAUGACCCAUGAAUUUGUAUACUGUGUUCAGCACGAUGUUAUUUUCCUGCAUUUUCGAUGGCGUAAUAAAGUGAUGUCUAUGAA